AUGGAUGCUUUUCUAACAGAAAGGAUUCAAACUUUGGAAUGUCUCCGUGAUAUUCGGGAAACGCCGCAGACAAAAGUACCAUCGGUACAAAAUGUAAAAACACAUCAUGCUAAUUCUGCAUCAAAUUCUCAUUUUUGCGUUUUAUGUAAGAAUCAAAGCCAUUUCCUACGCGAUUGUAAGCGUUUCAAGAAUCUUUCAGUUUCGGAAAGAUUUUCUACAAUUAAGAGACACCAUUGUUGCGUCAAUUGUUUAUCAAGAACACAUGAGGUUAGAAAAUGCACAAGUGUUCAUAGCUGUUCAACUUGUCAGAAGAGACAUCACACUUUGCUGCAUAGAAGUACUUCAUCCUCAGACGAUUCGACUGAAAAUUCAAAUACAGGCGCGAGUUCUGUCGUGGCAUCUCCACCAACAAACUCUUGGCCUGUGGAAUCUUCAGCGUCUACUUCUAGAAAAAAUAACCCAGGUCCCUCAAAUCGACAGGUGUUCCACUUGUCCAAUAAUCGGACUGUACUUUUAGGGACUGCUAUGGUGAAUAUACGUCACCAAGGUAUGACAUACCCGGCUCGAGCCCUCAUUGACCCUGGUUCGGAAACGUCGUUUAUUUCUGAACGCGUGCAGAAUCGUUUAAAGAUUUCGGCGCAUUUGACAAAUGCUCAAAUCUCUGGUGUCAACCAGACGAUUACUGCAACCUCUACUAAACUUUGCUCGAUCGAAAUAGGCUCUCCUUUGGACACGUCGAUUAAUUUAAGGACUACAGCUCUUGUUUUACCAAAUAUAUCGGGUAAGUUACCAUCGUUUGUUAUGUCGGAUGAACUUUGUGGGAAUUUACCGAAUCUAAAAUUGGCUGAUUCUCAGUUUUUCAAUUGCAGACCGGUUGAUCUGCUCCUAGGUACCGAUUUGUAUCCUCAAAUUAUAUUAAGGGAAAUUCGUACAAACUUUUUAGGGUCGUUAUUAGCUCAAAACACGAUAUUCGGUUGGAUUAUUACUGGUCCUGUGCCAUCAUCUUCUGUUCAGGUGUUUAAUACCAGAGUUGAGUUUUCCGAGGAAGACAAUUUAAACAGCAGCUUACUCCGCUUUUGGGAAUUAGAGGAGGCGCCGAAAAGAAAAAUAAUAUCCCUUUAUGAUAGGAUUUGUGAAGAGAACUACAAGCGCACAACUCGCAGAGGAACUGAUGGACGAUAUAUAGUGACACUUCCUUUCAAGCCUGAAUUUCCGGAAAAGCUUUCGUUAGAUUCUUCAAAACAAAAUGUUAGGGCGCAAUUUUUGAGAACGGAAGCUUCACUAUUGAGGAAAUCACAAAUUAAGGAAAUGUAUGACGAAGUAGUUAAAGAAUAUUUGGUUUUGGGUCACAUGCGGCCAAUAGUGGAGACAUCGUCUUCCAUUUCUUCAUGUUAUUUGCCACAUCAUCCUGUAAUAAAACUUGAUCGUAAAACUACUAAAUUGAGAUUGGCAGAUGAUUCUGAGAGUCAAUAUCCACUCGCAUCGAAAAUUCUUCGUAAAGGUAUGUACGUUGACGACGUACUCACGGGGACUCAUGAUGUUGAAACCGCUUUGAUCGCUCGUGAUCAACUUGUAGCGGCAUUAUCAUCUGCAGGGUUUAAUCUUCGAAAAUGGACUUCGAACGAUAAGGCAAUUUUAGCCGGUUUUUCCCCAGAGUAUUUGAUAGAUGAGAAACUUUUGGUUUUUGUCGAAUCAAGUAGUUCGAAAACCCUGGGACUCCAAUGGAAUGCUCAUUUGGACGUUUUCUAUUUUAGGGUGAAUCCUAUAGCGCGACGUUCGCACUACACUAAGAGGGAAGUUCUGUCAACAAUCGCGAAAUUAUUUGACCCGGUAGGUUGGUUAGGUCCAGUUUUAGUAGUAGCAAAAAUGCUAAUGCAAAAAGUUUGGCAGGAUCAGAUAGAUUGGGAUGAGGAUAUAAAAAUGUCAACACAAACCGAAUGGGAGAAAUUUGUGGCUUCGUAUCAUGAAGUCAAUUGUAUACAAAUUCCUCGAUGGGUCCAUUAUGAACCAGAAUCCUCAGUAGAGCUUCAUGUUUUUUCUGAUGCCUCGGAAAAGGCAUAUGCGGGGGUAAUAUAUAUUCGGGUGGAAACACCUAGAGGAGAAAUUUUCACACAUUUGCUAACAUGCAUGACGAAAGUGGCCCCUAUUAAAUCGGUUACUUUACCUCGUCUUGAACUUUGUGGUGCUGUAUUAGCGGCAGACCUUUUGAAGGCCGUGUUGAACCGAUAUUCAUAUGACACCAUAACGCUGUCUGAAAAUGAAGUGAGACAUGUGAAACUACGUUUGGCCAUUGUGGCCCAAAAAGGUAAUUUCACGGAGGAAUACAAGUGUCUAUUAGAAAAAAGACCACUUUCUUCUAAAAGUUCACUUUUACCUCUAAAUCCGUUUCUUGACAAUGAGGGUGUCAUGAGACUUAAUGGUCGAUUGGCUAGGCCGCCUUCAUUGGUUUAUACGGAAUGGCAUCCUAUUUUAUUGCCAUAUUCAUGUCGCUUCACGCUCCUUUUAGCAGAAUUUAUUCACAAGAUUUCCAUUCACGGUGGAAAUCAACUAAUGCUAAGGAUAAUACGAAUCGAAUAUUGGAUUCCACGUUUAAAGACACUUGUUAGGACUAUUGUUAAUCGCUGUAAGCAAUGCGUGUUGGAUCGUAAACGCGCUUGCACUCAACUAAUGGCUGCCUUACCCCCAGAACGGACGAACUUGGAUCGACCUUCGAAAAUUUGA